AUGUCAUCUCUAUUCCCCCUGCCUUCUUUCGGCUUCCCCCCCGGCCCCUCGCCAGCAGCACAAAGAGUAUUGAUCUUCGACCUAUCCCCUCAACACUUAACACAUUCUGCCUUUGAUUCAUGGUUCUCUUCUUUCAUCCGGCGUUCAAAAGCACUUUAUUGCCAUACCCUUUCCGUUUCCCCCUCUCUGCUGCAUAUCGAGUUCGAAACGAUCCUGGCACCUUCUCCCUCAACCACCAUUGACGACCUAGUCUCAUACUCUCGCUUUCUUUCUUCUCAAGAUCGAGAACAGCAGUCGACACAAACCAUGUCACUUGCCCGUCUGAACGAGGCGCAGGAGAAGGUGAUAUUCGCAAUAGUACACGAAAGAAGUGCAUUUGUAGAUGCAAUACAGGUAGUGGUUGCAGGGCAAGUAAAGUCCGUGUUCAGCAAGCAAGAUUGGUGUGGUGCGAGGUUUUUUCUGCAGUGGAUGUUGCGAACUGCUCCUCUGCGAAAGCAGAAGAGAGCGGUGAAGGAAGGGGAGGUGGAGGGGAGAUUGGAUACUACAACGAAAAACAAGCUUGAUACUGAUGUCCAAGAUGAACGCGAGUUCAAUGUAGGCUUAGGUCAAGAGGAUGUUGUCGUUAGAGACGAGUACGGAAUCGCAAGAAGAAAAGUAGGUGAGGAUGAAGCUAGAGUGCACUUCCGCUCAGAUUGGGAGAAGGGUAGGGGAACAGAGAUGGUGGAGCAAUGUUCAUGUACAAUGCACAAUCUAUUGUCAUUCGAUGGAAGAAUGGGGGAAGCUAGUCAUGGUUGGAUGAUUGGCGACUAA